AUGCGCAGGGACUCAAGGAGCGCACCGGCGGCGGUGUCUGGAAACACCCGGAACAUGCUAGAAGGAAGUGGUAAUGCCCAGAUCCCCAGUGCGCACCGGGGGGGCCCAGCUCGGCUAAGGGACACGCGGACAGAGCGGAGUUUCUUCCCAGUUUACCGCACAAGGCUGGAGAGAAAGGAACCGUGGGAAGCUGCCCACUGGGGAGAACCGAGGGGGUGGCCGCACAGACGCGCCGCGGGGCCCCGGGGACGCAGGCACGGAGGGGAGCGGGGCGGCCCCCAGCCGGGAUCUGGGAGGAGGGUCUUGAGGGAGGAUAAAGGGAGCCAGCGGGAGGCUGGGCAGGGGGCGCGCGGGGCAGCCUCGGGCCGGAGGCGCAGAGUCCAGACGCGGGCCGGGCGUGGCCGGCAGCUCCCCGCGGGCGGCGGCGGAAGCGGCUGCGGGCUCGGCCCACGUCCCGACGGCUAG